AUGAAGCCCCGACGCUGCUGUGACGCCUGCCGGCGGCGUCACCGUAAAUGUGUUGUUCAACCCGGCGCGACGGGUUGCGGCGCCUGCUUCGAGGCCGAUCUCGAAUGUCACUUUGACACGACGUUACGCUUUAAGCAUGCGCCGGGUAGCUCCAGAAAGGCAGCUCUCUCCGGGGACAGAGUUCAGAAGGCGGAUCACCGAGCCCGACGCAAGAGCGAAGUUAGUCGUGUAGACGACGCAGCAUCCGAGGCAUCCUCAUCACCGGCCGUCCAGUCCGUUCGUACAGCGGGCGACAGAAGUAACAGCUUUACAUCUCACCCAUCCCCGCACGGCUUGACGCCAUAUGAAGGACAGCUCAACUUCGGCUACUCACCGCCGGCAACGCACGCGUUCCGGGCCGAGGCCCCGGCACAACGAUUCACCGGACAUGGAUCUCACGGCGAUGGUAGUGCGCCCAUCGGCUUUGUGUUGAACAGCGGGCCGCCGCAGGAAAGCCAACAACACCGGGAUAGCCUCACAUCAAGCCCCGGGUAUCUCGACUCGGCGCGAGAUGGCACCACUUCGGAUAGCGUACAGUGGCAAUCUGGAGAGGUCCAGCCACAGCUCCAGAUUUCAUAUCUCUUAGGGGACUCGCCGUCAACGCAGGCCGGGUCUUCACACCAGAUUGCCUCGGAGCGUGCUGAGAGUCUCAUUUCGGAUGCAGAAUUCCGUAUUCAGCCCGUGGACCCCGAGCAUUGCGGAUUUACCGGACGCCAGGCCUUCUUGUUUCGCACGUAUAUCUUGAGAAUAGCGCCUUCAAUUGAUGCGUGUCACGAUGCUCGCCCCUUCACCCUUGACGUCCCCCGUCUCGCCCUUCGCAAGCCAAUCUUGCUCAACGGCAUCUUCGCACUAGCCAGUCGUUUCGAUACGCAGGGGAACGACGACACAAGCGAAAAAUCGGACUUGGAGAGCACGUACUACCACAAUCGCUGCAUCGAACUGCUCAUCGAAGCUUUCUCCCAACCCCCAGAGACAUGGGACUCGAUUCUGCUGACGGCUGUCGUGAUCAUGCGGCUCUACGAAGAGUACGACAACGAGACAGACUCCCACUACCAUCACCUUCGAGGCACGAGGAACCUGCUCAAUCACGACGCCAUUGCCCGUUUCGUGACGCAAGGCGGGCUGGCUGAGGCCGCGAGUUGGGUCCACCUACGACAAGCACUCUAUGUGUUCCUAGUUCGCAGGACGCCAAUCGAGAUUUGCCUAGAAAACUUUGAGAGGUCUUCUACGUUCAGAAGCAACGACGACACAGCGCACGCGAACCGAAUCGUCUAUCUGUUUGCGAAAGUGCUGAAACUCUUCUUCCCGGAGGACGGAUCGGGAUUUAGCACAAGCAGCUCAGAGACUUGGGAGGAGUUGCAGAAUGACGUCGACGUGUGGUUUAAAGAGAAGCCACUAUCUUUCCAGCCCCUUUUCUAUGAACGGGCGGAUGUGGCCAAAGGAAGACCGUUCCCGACCCUGUGGAUGGCCGCAGAUCCAGGCACCGUUGCACUCGGGUACUACUACGCUUCGAAAGCGAUAUUUUCCUUCCAGGAUUACAACAGCUCAAAUCCGACAGCAGGAUUCGAGGGAACGAAGAAGAGGAUGGACAGCGAGCGUGAAAUCACGUUCUAUUUAUGUAUGCUCAUGGGCUUGGCCCGGUCAAAUGAGGCUGUCAACGCAUACUACUUGCCCGCACACAUGCUGUCUCUGUGUAAGUCAAUCGAUACGAUAUACCUGCUAGCCCCGUGA